AUGCACACUGGGAAGAAACCUCACAAAUGUAAGAUUUGUGGGAGAUAUUUUGCUAGGUCGAGCAAUCUCAAGAGACACGAAUUAAUUCACACUGGAAACAAACCUCACAAAUGUGUGUUUUGUGACAAAUCGUUUGCCCAGUCAGGUAGUCUCAAGACUCAUGAGUCAAUUCACACUGGAAAGAAACCUCACAAAUGUGAGAUUUGUGGGAACUCUUUUGCUAGGGCAGGUUAUCUCAAGACUCACAUUUUAAUUCACACUGGGAAGAAACCUCACAAAUGUAAGAUAUGUGGGAGAAGUUUUGUUUUGUCGAGCAAUCUCAAGAGACAUGAAUUUAUUCACAGUGGCAACAAACCUCACAGAUGUGUGAUUUGUGACAAAUCGUUUGCCCAGUCAGGUAGUCUCAAGACUCACGAGUUAAUUCACACUGGAAAGAAACCUCACAAAUGUGAGAUUUGUGGGAAAUCUUUUCAUAGGUCAGAUAGGCUCAAGACACAUGAAUUAGUUCACACUGGAAAGAAACCUCACAAAUGUGAGAUUUGUGGGAAAUCUUUUGCUAGGUCAGGCUAUCUCAAGACACACUUAUUAAAUCACACUGGAAAGAAACCUCGCAAAUGUUUGAUUUGUGACAAAUCGUUUGCACAUCCAAGUAAUCUGAAGACUCACCAAUUAAUUCACACUGGAAACAAAACUCACAAAUGUGAGAUUUGUGGGAGAUGUUUUGCUUUGUCAAGUUAUCUCAAGAAACAUUUAUUAAUUCACACUGGGAAGAAACCUCACAAAUGUAAUAUUUGUGGGAAAUCCUUUGCUUUGUUGAAUGAUCUCAAUAGGCACACAUUAAUUCACACUGGAAAGAAAUCCCAUGAAUGCGAUAUUUGUGGAAAGUCUUUUGCUAGGGCAGGCAAUCUCAAGGCCCAUACAUUACUUCACAUUGGAGAGCAACCUCACAAAUGUGAGAUUUGUGGGAAAUCUUUUGCUGUGUCCAGCAUUCUCAAAACACAUGCAUUCAUUCACAUUAGAAAGAAACCUCACAAAUGUGAGAUUAGUGGGAAGUCAUUUGCUAUGUCAGGCGAUCUCAAGACACAUGCAUUAGAACACAUUGGAAGGGGACCUCACAAAUGUGAUGUCUGUGACAAAAGUUUCACUAAAUUGGGUACUCUCAAGACACAUGCAUUGCUUCACGUCAGAAAGAAACUACAAGUAAGUGUUGGUGUACACAAAUAGGUUUUCCUGGUUUGUGCCCUCAAGGCCUAUAAAGUAAUGGAUGUAACCGGGAACAAUAAAUUGCAGUUCCUGUGAAAUAACAUUAAAAUGUGGUAGAAUUGUGGAAAAAAAAUGUGCAAUGAUGUGUACUAUAGAGUGGUAACAGAUAAUGUGACAAUAUAAAAAUCCAUAUCUACAGAUUGUGAUGUCAAGAACUUCUAUUACUAAAUACUCCAGAAACAUGAAUCAAAUGUGUUUUUGUCAUUAACACUGCUGCUUUUUCCUAUCGAUCUUGGGACAAGAAGAUUGUGAAUUGUGAUAAAUGAUUUACC